GCGGGCUUGGAUGAGCAGCAGGUUACUUUGAUCCUGCAUUGUGCAGAGCUGGAGUGUGCAUUCUAUCCAGGAUGUCUCAGCAGAGAGUGCUGCCUCAGAGCAAGGAGACGCUCUUACAAUCGUACAACAAGAGGUUAAAAGAUGAUAUUAAAUCUAUUAUGGACAACUUUACUGAAAUCAUCAAAACCACCAAGAUUGAAGACGAGCAUCAGGUUAGCCGAUCAACUCAAGGAGAGCAAGAUAACUAUGAAAUGCAUGUCCGGUCGGCUAAUAUAGUGCGAGCAGGUGAGUCCCUCAUGAAGCUGGUGUCUGACCUCAAGCAGUUCCUAAUUCUGAAUGAUUUCCCCUCUGUGAAUGAAGCCAUUAAUCAGCGCAACCAGCAGCUGCGGGGUCUCCAGGACGAAUGUGACAAGAAACUGAUAUCACUGCGGGACGAGAUCGCUAUAGAUCUGUAUGAACUUGAAGAGGAAUAUUACUCCUCCAGCUCCAGUGUGUGUGACCCUAGCGACCUCCCCCUAUGUGAAGCAUACUGGAACCGAGAGAACACAACACUCUCACCGCAGGAUCUCUCCGAGUCCCCCGUAGGCCUGACGGCAGAGGGAAGUGCCGCUGCAAGCCAGAUCCACACGUCUCCUCACCUAAAUGGCCACGGGGUUGGCAUGCCAGACCACCCCUAGAGCUCCAUGGAUUGUGCUGGAACGAGGCCUGAAAUUGUAUUGAUCAUCUCACAGGUUUAAGAACAGACUGUUGGCAUCCUUGAAACAGGGUAAUUAAUUCUUAAGGAUCUCUGAAAUCACCAGGACCUCUGACAAGCAGACAUAUGUUGCAGAGUCACACACGGCAGCUUUUUGAAUUUCAUAUACCGGUAAACAUUAAAGCAACAUUCCAAAAUGCAUGCGCAUUAUGUUUUUAUGUUUAUUCUAUGCUGAUUUCUUU